ACAUCAUCCUCAUCCUCACCGACGACCAGGACGAGCAGAUGGGCGGAAUGGUGAGGAAUUAGGGUCACAUUACUGACAGCGAGUGUGGGAUCACUGCCAUCUUGGGCUGUUUAAGCAAAGACGCCGAUGAAGAAGACGAGAGAGCUGAUUGGUGACGCCGGCGCGACCUUCUCUAACGCUUUCACCUCCACGCCGCUGUGCUGUCCGAGCCGCAGCAGCUUCCUGAGCGGCAGAUAUCCACACAAUCAUCUGGUGCACAAUAACUCAGUGGAGGGAAACUGCAGCAGCGCCGCCUGGCAGAAAACAGCCGAGCCCUUCGCCUUCCCCGUUUACCUCAACAAGAUGCGCUACCAGACCUUCUACUGCGGUAAAUACCUCAACCAGUAUGGCAGUAAAGACGCUGGCGGUGUUGCUCAUGUGCCUCCUGGAUGGGAUCAGUGGCAUGCGCUGGUGGGAAACUCUAAAUAUUAUAACUACACUCUGUCAGUGAAUGGGAAAGAGGAAAAGCAUGGAGACAGCUAUGAGAAGGAUUAUCUCACAGACCUGGUGCUGAACCGCUCUCUGCAUUUCCUGGAGGAGCGCAGUCCCAGUCACCCGUUCUUCAUGAUGUUGUGUCCACCGGCUCCUCACUCUCCGUGGACCGCCGCUCCACAGUACAGCGGCUCCUUCAGCGGCGUUAAAGCUCCGCGCAACGGCAGCUUCAACAAACCUGGAACGGACAAGCAUUGGUUACUACGGCAACCUGCCAAUCCAAUGCCGAACAGCUCUAUUGAUUACCUUGACAACGCUUUCCGCAGAAGAUGGCAGACUCUUCUGUCUGUGGAUGAUCUGGUGGAGCGUCUGCUGAAGAAGCUGGAUUCAGUGAAGGAGCUCGACAACACAUACAUCUUCUACACGUCUGACCACGGAUAUCACACCGGUCAGUUCUCGUUACCCAUUGACAAAAGGCAGCUGUAUGAGUUCGACAUCCGCAUUCCUCUGCUGGUUCGGGGUCCAGGAAUCAAAGCCAAACAAACACUUCAGUCUCCAGUGCUGAAUAUUGAUCUCCCGAUGACGAUCCUGGACAUCGCUGGAGUCAAUCUGUCCACCGUCAACAUGGACGGACAGUCCUUCCUGCCGCAGAUGGCCCCGUCCCUGCGUAACGGCACCGAGCGGCCCUUCUUCCUGGUGGAGUACACGGGUGAGGGAUACUCGUCUCAGGACCCCAGUUGCCCCAAACUGGGCCCCGGCCUCGCUGAGUGUUUUCCAGACUGUGUGUGUGAAGACGCCUUUAACAACACCUACGCCUGCGUCAGGACGCUCAAAGGCGCAAACCUGCAGUACUGCGAGUUCGCCGACAAUGAGGCGUUUGUGGAGAUGUACAACCUGACGGCAGAUCCUCAUCAGCUGGAGAACAUUGUGAAGAAAGUAGAUCCGUCACUGCUGCAGAUCAUGAACCAGCGGCUGAUUAAACUACAGUCCUGCGCUGGAGACACCUGCAGAAACAUCAGAUGAGGAUGAUGAUGAUGAAUACCGCAGGCAAACCUCACAUACAAAUCAAGAUCUGCUGCUUUAUUCAUACACACACACACACACACACACAACAACAACACACACAAACACACACACACACACACACUCAUACACACUCAGAGAAAACAACAACAAUGAUCCGCUUUGGUUUUAUUUUGGUAAUAUGCUCAUGUUAAACUCUCCUGCAAGUAAACAGGUACUUUUAACCAUGUUUUGAAUACAUUCACCAGAACUCUGGGUCUAGCAGGAACACUUUUAGCUUAGCUUAGCAUAGAUCAUUGAAUUGUAUUAGACCAUUAGCAUCUCACUCAAAAAAAAAUGUGUUUUUUUUAAGCUCAAUUUUUAAACUUAACUGGUCUGUAAUAUCAAGUAAUAAGAUGGAAAAUGAAAAGUUGCUAUUUUCUAGGCUACACGCUAAGCUAGUUACCUAGCUAUUUUGAGGCUUUGCGUAUUAUUUUUCCGCUUGGUGCAUGAUGUAGCUACAGAAGAGUUAAGCUUUAACUAAAUUAUGGAAGCUCUUUGGUAAUUUUUUUUUUCAGUGAGAUGCUAAUGGUCUAAUCUGAUUCAAUAAAUUAUGCUAAGCUAAGCUAAAAGUGCUCCUGUUAGACCAGAGAUUGACUAAAUGGCUUAAAAUGUGGCGAAACACUCCUGUUUAACUGCAGGAGAGUGGUAAAUGAGCACAUUUCAAUUACAUUAAAUCAUAAAUUUAGUUCCAAAAAAAAAGUUAACAAAGUUCAUCAUUGAUUCAUAUAAUGCAGAUAUUUAAAUAAGUCAUCAGCUACAGGCACUUUGAGAGUCAAAGAAAACAACAGCAAAAUAAAUCCCUGUGGCUCAGUGAAACCAUGUGCAAGAAAAUUAAACAUUAUUCACAGCAUAAUUAUCUUAAAGGGCCAGCGCAACAAAACUGGAUUUAAAGGGGCAGCACACCCAAAAAUGAAACUCACAUUCAACCAAUUUCUGGUUCUAGCAGGAGCACUGUUAGCUUAGCUUUGCAUAGAUCAUUGAAUCAGAUUAGACCAUUAGCAUAUCACUCAAAAAUGACUAAAGAGUUUGGAUAAUUUAAACAUUAGACAUUAUUACUACAUAACUAUCUUAAAGGGCCAGCUCACCCAAAAAUAAAUCUCUGUUUUCAUGUAGUUAAUAUGAUUCACAUUAGUCAACCUUUAAAGCGUCAUUUUAAGCAACAAAACUGGAGAAUAUGUUCAAGCCUGUUCGCACAAAACUGGAUUUAAAGCGCCAGUACACCCAAACAUGACAUUAACUGACUUCUUCCAAACCUGUUUGAGUUUCUGAUGAACAAAAAACCCCAAGAUAUUCUAAAGAAACAGCCAUUGACUUCCUUACUAGGUACAAAAAGUACUUUUUUUUCAAGCAUUCCUUAGAAUAUCUUGUUUUUUGUUUUAACAGAAACUCAAACAGGUUUUAAAGAAGUCAGUAAAUGAUGACAAAAGUUUUAUAUUUGUGUGUGCUGGCCCUUUAAAUCCAGUUUUAGCAAACAGGCCUAAACAUGUUCACCGGUGUUGCUGCCUCUAAUGACGCUGUCUCUUUAAAACUCUUUUAUAUCGCUUAAAUAAUGUAAAUAAUGUUCAGCUUUUGGCACAGAUCAAUCAAUUUGCUUUAUAAAAGCUCCAUGUAUGGUCACGGGGGAAAAACAACAAUAAUAUUACAUCAGUUUAAAGAAACACUCCACUUUUUAUGAAAAGAUGCUAAUUUUACACUUUCCUAAAGUCAAACAGGUCAGUUUUACCAUGUUUUGAUUAAAUUCAGCCAAUCUCUGGGCCUAAAAGGACCAAUUUUAGUUUAGCUUAGCAUAGAUCAUUAAAUCAGAUUAGACCAUUAGCUUCUCACUCAAAAAUGACUAAAGAGUUUGGAUGAUUAUGGAUUGGAUUGGAUUGUCAAAUUGAAUUAUUAGACAUUAUUUACAACAUAAUUAACUUAAAGGGCCAGCGCACCCACAAAAUGAAACUUCUUCAUUUACUGGCUUCCUUAAACCUGUUUGAUUUUUCUGUUGAACACAAAAACAAGAUAUACUGAAGAAUCAAACAUUGACUUCUGUAGUAGGAACAAAAAAUACUCCUUUUUAUUUCUAGCAUUCCUCAGAAUAUCUUGUUUUUUUUUUUUGCUCAACAGAACCUCAAACAGGUUUAAAGAAUCCAGGUAAUGAUGACAGAUGUUACAAUUUUGUGUGCGCUGGCCCUUUAAAUCCAGUUUUGUGCAGACAGGCUUGAACAUGUUCACCAGUGUUGCUGCUUAUAAUGACGCUGUUUCUUUAAAACUCUAUUUUAUCAGUUAAAUAGUGUAAAUAAUGUUCAUCCUUUUGCACAGAUCAAUCAUUUUUCUUCAUUAGAGCCUCAUGUAUCAUCACAGGGGAAAAACAACAAUAAUGUUGGAUCAAUUUAAAGAAGCACUCCUUAAGUUUUUUUUUAAAUAUGCUCACUUUACACCCUCAAAGCCAAACAGCUGAGUUUUACCAUGUUUUCAAUACAUUCAGCCAAUCUCUGGACCUAAAAGGAGCACUGUUAGCUUAGCUUAGCAUAGAUCAUUGAAUCUGUUUAGACCAUUAGCAUCUCACUCAAAAAUGACUAAAGAGCUUGGCUGAUUUAAACAUUGGACGUUAUUACUACAUAAUUAUCUUAAAGGGCCAGCGCACCCAAAAAUGAAACUUCUGUCUCAUUCAGCCGAUCUCUGAGUUAGCUUAGCUUAGCAUAGAUCAUUGAAUCGGAUUAGACCAUUAGCAUCUCGCUCACAAAUGACUAAAGAGUUUGGCUGAUUUAAACAUUAGACAUUAUUACUAAAUAAUUAUCUUAAAGGGCCAGCGCACCCAAAAAUGAGACUCAAUGUAUGGUCACAGGGAUUACUUUAGUUCUGCUUGUAUGUGUGUUUUGUGGUUAUAAAAGUACAGAUUGACCAGCGUUUUCUGAAUCACUAAUUAGUUUCAGCUAAAAUUCAGUAAAGGAUGACAGAAGUUUGAUUUUUUUUUUGUGUGUGUGUGUGUGUGUGUGUGUGUGCGCGCGCGCUGGCCCUUUAAAUCCAGUUUUGUGCAGACAGGCCUGAACAUGUUCACCAGUGUUGUUGCUUGUAAUGACGCUGUUUCUUUAAAACUCUUUUAUAUCGGUUAAAUAAUGUUCAGUUUUUGGCACAGAUCAAUCAUUUUGCCUAAUAAAAGCUCAAUGUCUUGUCACGGGAAAAACAACAAUAAUAUUACAUCAGUUUAAAGAAACACUCCACUUUUUAUGAAAAUAUGCUAAUUUUACACCCUCCUAAAGUCAAACAGGUCAGUUUUACCAUGUUUUGAAUACAAUUAGCCGAACUCUGGGUCUAGCAGGAGCACUGUUAGCUUAGCUUAGCGUAGAUCAUUGAAUCGGAUUAGACCAUUAGCAUCUCACUCAAAAAUGACUAAAGAGUUGGGCGGAUUUGAAUAUUAGACAAUAUUUACAACAUAAUUAUCUUAAAGGGUCAGCGCACCCUGAAACUUCUGUCUUCAUUUAGUUCAAAUUAUUUACAUUAUUCAACCUUUAAAGAAACAGCGUCAUUAUAAGCAACAAAACUGGAUUUAAAGGGCCAGCUCAUCCAAAAAUCCAACUUCUGUCACAUUCAGCCAAUCUCUGGGUCUAACAGGAGCACAGUUAGCUUGGCUUAGCACAGAUCAUUGAAUCGGAUUAGACCGAUAGCAUAUUACUCCAAAAUGACUAAAGAGUUUGGCUGAUUUAAACAUUAGACUUAAAUUACAACAUAAUUAUCUUAAAGGGCCAGCGCACCUAAAAAUGAAUCUGAGCUCAAUGUAUCAUCACAGGGAUUACUUUAGUUCUGCCUGUAUGUGUGAUUUUUGACUCUAAAAGUACAGAUUGACCUGCAUUUUCUGAAUCACUAAUGAGUUUCAGCUCAUUUUACUGAAGGAAAUAAAGCGGAGGGUAAAUAAACAGCAAAUGUUUAUUUAUUUUUUUGGUGAACUGUCUCUUUAAAAAGACUAGAAAUUAAAAUUCUGCACACUUUACUCACCAUUAUGCUAGAAACACAAAAGUGGACGGAUUUACAUUCUAUGCCAAAGAAAACAUAGAGGUUUGUGUGAGUAAAUAUUGAGGGAAAGGUGUUAAAGUGAAUGUAUUUACAGCCUGAUGGUAGUUUUGGCUGCAAUAAAUCAUUUCUGAGGGAUUUCUGGAAGUUUACUGGCUUCACUUCCACCUCAUGCCAUUGAUUUUUCAGCACUUUUCACGGUAAAUGAACCAGAUGGAGUGUAAUUUACCCUGUGCGUUUUAAGUUGUUUGGUUUGAUCUUUAUGUCUGUGGUUGUUUUAUGAUGUUUUUCUUCAUGUACUGUGAAUUAAACUUUACUGUGAGCAGAUCUGCUGGUUUUAAUGCGUGUAGCUUUAGCAAAGGGAGAUGGUCGGAUGUUGAAGGGAAUUGUUGAUUUUAAUCUGAAGCCUGAUUGUGCCUGAUGUUUUGCACUAAAGCAGUGUCUGUGCCUUUUUGUACGAUACAAAUGUCUAAUUUUGACUAAUCAAUAAAUUUACUACAAAGAAAGAAA